AUGCGCGGCCGCACACCGUCCAUGCGCGCCUUCGCCCCGAUAUCCGCGACCGCCUCCGCGUCGCGUCUCGCGGAUGCCGUCGUGGACGCGUCGAGGCGCCGCGAGGCGGCGGGGCUUCAUCGAAGAUGCCGAGACGAGCGCACCGAGGCGUAUCGCGUCAUGCACGGCGUCGCCGAGAGCAUACCGGGCGUCACCGUGGAUAAGUACGGCUCAACGCUCUUCGUCCAAUCGUGGCGCAGCCCCGUGGAGCGAGGCGAGCUGCUCGAGCUCUGCGACGCGGUUCGCGCCAACGCCAUCGACGGCAUCGGCGCCAUCGACCGCGUGUGGUUCCACCCGCGGAGCACCAACGCGCUGCGAUGGAACGACGACGACCCUCGAUCCUCGAUUCCCGCCGAGGCGAUGCAAUCGCCCGCUUGGGUCGGAGUCUACGACCUCGCCGCGGAGACGUACGACGGGCUGAGACCCUCGCGCGCGGGCAAAAGCCUGGACGACGACGCGUUGGGGUUCGUCUUCGAAGAGCUCGGGGUCAAGUACCGGUUCGUUCCGCCGCGUCGGUUCGGCGACCCGAGCCUCUUUCUCGACUUUCGCGCGACGCGGCGAUGGAUCCAUCGACGGAUACGGUCGAUGACUGAGAGCCACGCGGACGUGGACGGUGACGUGGGAGGCGACGUGGACGGUGGCGUGGCGAUGGUCCGUAUGGAUACGAAACGACGCGAGGUGUCGGUGCUGAACGCGUUCGCGUACACGUGCGGCGCCGGCGUCGUCGCCAAAAGAGCCGGAGCCGACGUCGUGCUCAACACGGACCACAGCCAAACGUACCUCUCGACGGGGGACCAAAACGCGCAACUCAACGGCCUCGAGCCGUGCGAGUCCCUGUGUUUAGACUUUUACCCGGCGAUGCGGGGGAUGGCGGGGCUCUCCGCGCCGGGGAGGCGCGUGCGGAGCGGCGGAAGGGGCGGAAGGGGCGGAAGGGGCGGAAGGGGCGGAAGGGGCGGAAGGGGCGGCGGACGAGGACGAGGGCGCGGGUCCGAAAAAGUUGACGACGCGGCGCUCCCUCCGAGUAUCGAACCGGCGACGUUCGACAUGGUGGUUCUGGACCCGCCCACGCUGACCAAGACCAAGUUCGGGGCGGUCGACAUCGAGAACGACUACCAGUCUCUAGCCAAGCCGAGUGCGCUGUGCGUCAAACCCGGCGGCGUCCUGGUCGCGACGAAUCACUCGGCCAAAGUGGAGUUGGACGAUUGGCUCGAGGUCGUGUCGCGUUGCGCGGCAAAGGCUGGGCGCGAGGUUUUGAGCGUCGAGACGAUCGCGCCGGACGGCUCGGACGACGAUGACUUUCCCGCGCUCGACGACGGUAGGCGCCCGCUCAAGGUGGCCGCGUUCACGCUGGGGUGA